GCUGAGGAAUGUAUUAGUCUUAUAAUGAGAUUAAGCGGGAAGUUAAAAGAGUUAUGGAUUACGUAUCUGGCAUUCAAAGGUGUACUUUUCACUUGUGCUUAUGCACUAAUUUUAUCUAUACUCCCACUUAUGGUACCUGGCAAGCCAGCUAAAGCAGCCUACGUGUUAUUACUUAUGAGCGGGUUAUGGAUAACUGAAAUUAUACCAAUUUAUGUAACAGGUUUGAUUCCAAUGGUUCUUGGCCCAUUGUUACAAUUAUCUUAUCCAUCCAAAAUCUCUCCAGCCUAUACAACGGAUACGAAUAUGCUAACAUUAGGCGGUUUGUUAAUGGCGUGUGCAGUGGAAAAUAAUGAUGUGCAUAAGCGAAUCGCUAUAUCUAUUCUCAGACUUUUUGGGAGUGAUCCGAAAAUGCUCUUGUUUGGCAUCAUGUUACCAAGUUGGUUCCUGUCUAUGUGGAUGAGUAAUACUGCGACUACUGCCAUGAUGAUAACAAUUGUGGAUGCAUUAUUGACUAACCUCACUAAAAUUGAAGAAGAAGAUUAUCUUGAAACUGAUGGUGGCAAUGAACUUUUACAAGAAGAGAGAAACACUGUCCAAGAAAGAACCCACAAUUCUUAUUCACAACUCAAUGAUGCUGAACUAAGUCCCGAUCAUGUAGUAAGACAAUCUAUGAGCCCCAAGCGACUCAAAGAAGUGCUAAGAAUGAAUGCUGGUCUUAGUCUUUCUAUCUCUUAUGCAUCUUCAGUUGGUGGUAUAGCGACAACAGUAGGAACACCGCCAAAUACCUAUCUUUAUGGAUUAAUUGUGAGUCGUUAUGGUGAUUCAACAGACCUGGACUUUGGGACAUGGAUGUUAUUCGCAUUACCACUUUCAAUCAUUAUGUUUCUAAUUGUUUGGUUUUGGUUUAGUGUAUUAUUUUUCGGACCCAGAAAUUUGUUGACUUUUAAGCAGUCAGAAAGAAAGAAAAAAAUAAUUGUUCGUGUACUGGAUGCAGAGCAUGAGAAACUUGGCUCAUUCAAAUAUUGUGAAGGUCUUACCAUAAUUUUAUUCACAAUUCUUACAAUACUGUGGAUAACAAGGAAAUCGGGCACUAUAGGAUGGGGGAGGUUCUUCGUUGACAAAAACGAUCCUAAAGCCAUAAGCUACGUAUCAGAUAGUUCCGCUGCAAUUCUCAUGUCCAUAAUUGUAAUGAUAGUACCUGCAUCUCAUCCAGUUACACUGUGGAAACACUGGAAACAUUGUUAUGAAACGAAAACUGAGCCAAAUGCAGUAAUAACUCGUGCUCUCCUUCCAUGGAAUGUGGCGGUUAAAAGAUUACCAUGGGGUGUGAUAGUGGUGAUUGGAGGAGGCUAUGCACUGGCAGUUUUAGUUCAGGAUUCAGGAUUGUCGUCUAAUAUAGGGAAAUAUCUUGGUGACCAUCUGAAAAACGUGUCAGUAACCGUUCUAAGCACAGUUUGUAUUUAUGCAAUUGCAGUGUUCACUGAAUUCAUGACCAAUUUAGCUGCAGUGUCAAUUUUUCUUCCAAUUAUAUUAAGCUUAUGUGAAGGAAUCGGGAUACACCCGUUUAUUUUAGCACUUCCUGUGACAGUUGCCUCUUCGUUUGCAUUCGUACUACCUGUUGCAACGCUACCUAACACGAUUGUCUUUGCUAAAGGAAGAGUCAAGGUUAAACAUAUGGUAAUGGCUGGAGUUCCCUUAAAUAUAAUUAGCGGUCUUGUUUUACUCACAGCUAUGUCUACAUAUGCAGUACCAUUAUUUGGAUUGAACAACAAGCCUUCAUGGAUGAAUAAUGUACGAUAAAGCUGUCCAAGUGAUCUGAUUUCAUUCCAAGAUGAAUUGAUGGGUUAUUAUGAGCAAAAUUGAACUAUUCAAAUGAUGAAGAAACGUCUUUAAUUUAUUUCAUUUGUCACGUAUUUUUUUAAUUGGUCACAAAGACGUUUUUUUAUUUAAAACAAAAAGGUUGCCUGAAAAAGUUGUAUUCACGAGCGUACUAUGCUUCAUUAUUUGAAUCAAAUGAUUUAUAGUAGUCGAUUUGUUUAAAAACUUUCUAGUUACGCUUCAUUUUUUUUAUUUAAAAGUCAAAUAGUAUUUGUUCUGUUUUAUAUUGUACAAACGC